AUGGCGUUCAACCCGCUCGCCGUGGAGCUGCCGACGAAGCUCGAUUUCCGCAAGCCCGAGGAUUGGACACGAUGGCAUCGCAGGUGGGAACGCUACCGUCUCAUCUCCGGUCUGACGGGCCAAGACGAGACGACGCAAAUCAACACGUUACUCUACGCCAUGGGGGAAGAAGCGGAAGACGUGCUCACCGCCUUGAAAUUAACUGACGAACAGAUGUCAUCAUACGCUGCUGUGGUGAGUGCUUUCGAAAAGCAUUUCCUGCCCCGAAAGAACAUCAUCUAUGAGAGAGCGCGGUUCAACUCUCGGAAACAAGAGCCGCACGAAAACGUCGACACGUUCGCGACCGAGCUAUUCAAGAUGGCUGAAAGAUGCGAUUACAGAACUCUCAAAGACGAAUUGAUACGGGACAGGCUCGUAGUAGGCCUACGAGAUGUGAAACUCAGUGAGAGGCUGCAACUUGACUCCGAACUCACGCUUGAGAAGGCGAUCACAGCUGCCCGCAAUUCAGAGAGCGUGAAGCAGCAACACAAAGAAAUGCGCUCCAUCGGACAGUCCACUCUCGACGUCGGCGAACUACACGGCCAGGCAAACUCAAAAAAUCGUCGGAAUGAAACGAAGGCGCCCUCCAGGUCACGCCCGCAACGCAUGGGCAAGAAGGGAGACGAACGCUGCAAGUGGUGUGGAAAUGUGCGCGACCACACGAAGGUACAGUGCCCCGCGGCGAACAAGACUUGCAACCAUUGCGGGAAAAAGGGCCACUAUGCGUGUGUGUGCCUCUCAAAGCCGAAGGACGAUUUCCCGAGCGCCCGAGAACGGCCUAAAGGACUAGAAGAGCUAUAUUUAGGCGAAGUGACUGUGGAAGCAAAUACGCCGUGGCGGAUUACUGCCACUCUGAACAAGUCGCCUUUCACCUUCAAGGUCGACACCGGCGCGGACGUGACUGCGAUCGCACAUGACCAGUACGACAGCAACGUCAUGGGACCCAUCAAGCCAACGCAACAGCUGUUGAUAGGCCCAGGUCAGACGACGAUAGCCACUGUUGGAUACGUCGAUGCGACAGUCGCCUGGCGCAACACCAAAAUCCAAGAAACAGUCUUCAUCAUCAAAGGACUCAAAGAAGCGCUGCUUAGUCGACCAGCUAUAGAAGCACUCGGGAUUCUUCAACGCCCUCUCGAGUUAGCUGAAACUUGCGCACAAGCAACGGAUGUUCCGGACUUUUUGGCAUCUUACCCUAGGCUAACUUCCGGGCUUGGAUUCAUGAAGACAGAGUACCGCAUCAAAGUCAGAAAUGAUGCCAAGCCAUACGCAGUCACCUACCCGAGGCGCGUGCCACUUCCACUGCUUCCACUUGUGAAGAAAGAGCUGAAAAGGAUGGAGGACAUGAGAGUCGUCCAGAAGAUUGAGCAUGCGACCGAAUGGUGUUUCCCAAUGGUCGUUGCACGUAAGAAGAACAAUGAGCUGCGCAUCUGUGUUGACUAUGGCUAG